UCCAUAUAAUGACAAGGCGGCGUUGACAAAUGAUUCCAUUCUGGAAGCCGUUUUCAAAAAAUACGCUAAAAUACGUUAUCGUUUCGUGUGCCAGUGCCAUGUACCAUAAUGACUGCUAUGCAACAUUUGGUUAUGGAAAACACUCUCAAAUCGGUAUUUUAGGAAGAUGUGUUCUUUCGAUUUUUUCCAUACUUAUGAUGACAUUCAUAUAUUAUCAGUAUUUUAAUGAUAGGAACCAAGUAUCAUAUACAGAAAUCAAAGUUUUCAAAGCACGAACCAAUUAUUUUUGAAGAAGAAUUUCAACGUGUUGAGUGGGCGUGGUCCUCUGUCACACUGAGCGCUCUUCCGUGUUUGACUUCACACACACGAAGGGAAAAUAAUACCGUAUUAGAAGAGUCCCGCUGACGUCACAUCACGAUGAACCGCUGUGGUCUGCUCACUACCAGCAAGGAGCCAGUUCCUCUAAAGGGCAUUGAAGUAGAGCUGGAGGUGAAGGACCACGUGGCCACAGUGGUGUCCACUCUGCACUAUGAGAACAAGGAGGACAAAGCCAUAGAGGCUGUUUUUGUCUUCCCUCUGCCUGGAGAUGCUGCUGUCUGCCAUUUCAGUGCUAAGGUUGGACAGACUGAGAUUGUAGCUGAGGUGAAGGAGAAACAGGAGGCCCGUGAGGAGUACGACGACGCAUUGAGCUCCGGGCAGCAGGCCUUCCUCCUGGAGGAGAGUGAUCAGAGCCCGGAUAUCUUCUCUCUCAGUGUGGGCAGCCUUCCUCCAGGAGAGAGCGCCUCCGUCAGGCUGGAGUACGUCACUGAGCUGGCUCUGCAGGCGGAUGACGCGCUGAGGUUUUGUUUGCCUGCGGUGCUCAACCCUCGCUACCAGCCUCAGGGGAGUGAAGGUGGCGCGGUCCAGUUGACCUCUGUCCCCGCCUCUCAGGUGCCCUACAGUCUGUCCUUCUCUGCUCGGGUGUCCUCUCCUCGUCAGGUCUCCAGAGUGGAGUCCAACUGUUCCCUGGAGCCUCUGCAGUACCUCAACGUGGAGCAAAGCCAGGCUGCCGUUAAACUGGCUGCAGGACACAAGUUUGACAGGGAUGUGGAGCUGCUGAUUUACUAUAAAGACGCCCACCAGCCGGCUGCUGUGGUGGAGGCAGGACAGGCGUCUGCCGAGCCUGGCACACUGAUGGGGGAUGCGGUGGUGAUGCUGAGUGUGUACCCCGAGUUCCCCCAGGCGGUGAUGUCUUCACUGGCAUCAAGUGGAGAGUUUGUGUUCUUACUGGAUCGAUCUGGAAGUAUGGCUUGUGCUCUCAACAAAAACCAACAGCGUGAGACUCGCAUCAGCAGUGCCAGGGAUACUCUUCUGCUGCUUCUGAAGAGUUUACCAAUGGGCUGCUACUUCAACAUCUACAGUUUUGGAUCCUCCUUUGAGCACAUCUUCCCUAAGAGUGUGGAGUACAGUGAGAAGACCAUGGAAGAGGCUCUGAAGAAAGUCAAGGAGAUGCAGGCCGACCUGGGAGGAACAGAGAUCCUUCAGCCGCUCAAACACAUUUACAGCCAGCCCUGCAUUCCCAAUCACCCAAGACAAGUUUUUGUCUUCACUGACGGCGAGGUGGGGAACACCAAAGAGGUUAUGAGCCUGGUGAAGAAGAACUCCAACUCCCACAGGUGUUUCUCUUUUGGGAUUGGGGAAGGGGCCAGCACUGCUCUCAUCAAUGGACUGGCGAAGGAGGGAGGGGGUCACGCUCAGUUCAUCGCAGGAGCCGACAGGAUGCAAGCAAAGGUGAUGCAAUCGCUGCAAUUUGCCUUGCAACCAGUAGUGGAGGACAUUUCCGUCAAGUGGGAUCUGCCAAAGGGAGUGUCUGUCUCUGUCCUGUCCCCACCUCUCACAGCUAUUUUCCAGGGUCAAAGAUCCCUCAUUUAUGCUCAGCUGACUGGACAGAGUCCAGAGGCAGCAGAUGGCUGUGUAAGUGUCAAGUACCGCCUCGCAGGUCAUCCGUACCACAACCAACUCCACUUCCCUCUACAGCCCACGAAGGAAACUGGAUUGACCAUCCACAGACUGUGUGCUCGAACUCUGAUUCGCUGCCUGGAGGCGCAGGAGACAGAGCGCAGCAGAGAGCAGGAUGAGACAGUGAAGACCCAGGUGGUGGACCUCAGCGUCCAAUCAGGAGUGAGCAGCUCCUUCACCGCCUUCAUUGCAGUCCACAAAGCCAGCAAGGAAGCCAUUCAAGGACCUCUGCUGCGCAGAAAUGUUCCAGUGCCUUCAAACUGCAAUUUGGGUGCUGUCAUGGCGAUGGGAGUACCAUGCCGUUCCUUUGGCGCUCCCAGGAGGUGCAUGGCAUAUGAUAACUCUGCGGAUGAUGUUGAUGCAGAACAACCAGAAGACCUUGUAAGGGGUUCCAUGGGUAUGAAGAAAGGCACGCAGCAGCAAGCAGCAAAAUCAAGGGGAGGUGUUUUCCAUUCACUCAAAAAAAAGUUCCAAGGACGCGGGAAGGAGCGUGAUGUGCAAAGAAUGAGGAAUUCUGCCGAUACUCUGCCCUCAGCCAGCCCACCACCAGUAGACCCUUUUCUGCAGUUGGUCUCCCUCCAGAAGGCGUCGGGCAGCUGGGAGCUCAACCCGGCUCUGGCUGCUGCGCUGGGAAAGACCAGCGAGGAGGUGGAGAAGAUGAGGCCCGCGUCGGCGAAUAAGAACGUGUGGGCCACCAUUCUGGCUCUGGUCUGGCUUCAUGGCUUCAAGUGGGAUGCUGAGGUGGAAUGGAAGCUUCUCGUCAGGAAGGCUGUGUCAUGGCUCCUUGCUCAGAAGGAAGCGCCUGUGACAGACUGCGUUGUGGCUGGAAACACUCUUUUGGGCUGCGACGUACAAAAACACAUCCUGGGCCUUUGAGGUGUUCAAUACAAGGAAGGGGAUCCCCUUGCUUUGACAGCAUUGCACUGUUUUAAUCCAGUCUGCUUCUAUCAUUGGCAUUUCUCUUUGCCAAGUUAUUCAUGGGUCUGUAACCAUCCAAUAUUUUCUAUGCCACUUAUCCUCAUUACGGUUGCGGGGGUAUGCUGGAGCCUAUCCCAGCUGACUGUAACACGAGCUUGUAUUCAUAUUUUCUUACAAUAAUAAUCAU